UGUACCAGGAUGUAGCAAUGGAGUUCAGGGGAUUUCUAUUUUUUGUCUUUUUGCAUCAAGCAAGUGCAGUUCUGGAACUGACUGCUGUUCCUCAGAGUGCUAAUGUCGGAGCCAAUAUCCUCAUCCCUUGCACCUUCAGCGUGGAUAAGCUCCCUAUAAACCCUGAAUUACUUGCAAUAGUUUGGUACUUUCAAGGAAAGGAAAUCUUGAGCUAUGAUACUGUUCUGAGAACAUCACAUCCUACGGCAUCCUUAAACACAAGCAUGACAAAAGAAGGGGUUGCUUCUCUGUCACUUUCCAACCUAAAGAUAUUUGAUAGUGGAAUCUACAAGUGUUUAGUGUUUUAUAGUCAAGAGAAUAAAGAGAAGGAAGUCAUGGUUGAUGUCUAUGCUACCCCAACAAUCACUAUUACAAAUAAUGUUGUUGAAAAGAAUAAGGAGAGCGUUCUUAAAAGCACUAUCACCGGCUUCUAUCCAAUCGACAUUGACAUUAAAUGGCUCAGUGAAAAAGAGGUACUGAAGUCUGUUCAUUACACACCUCAAAAAAAUUCUGAUGGGACUUACUCACUGAAAAGCUCUGUCACAAUAACACCAACUGAUGAAAAUGAAAAUCAGACCUACUCAAUUAGAGUCCUACACGCCUCUCUCCAGGAACCUCUCCAGAAAAAUUUCCGACUUGAGUAUGAAGGAAACAAAACAUACCAAACAACAUCUUUAAUAGCUGUUUUUGUGGUCAUUAUUUCUCUCUUGCUGAUUGUAAUUCCUGUCAUCAUCGUGUGCAAGCGAAAAAGCAAGAAAAAAGAUGUAACAGGAAGAGCUGUGACACCAAACAAAACAAUAACCAUACCAGGAGACAUUGUCACACAAGAAAAUAUGGGAAGAAUAGAAAGAUGCCCCAGACCAGAUAAGUCAGGAGAACCUUUAUUAGCAAAAAGAUCUCAGACCAGUGACACAUUUGCAUCAGGAGGAGACUGUACUGAGAAGAAUAUCAAACAACCUGCAGAUGCAACAGGAAGAGAUAUGGCACCAAACAAAACAUUAACCGUACCAGGAGACAUUGUCACGCAAGAAAAUAUGGGAAGAAUAGAAAAAUGCCCCAGACCAGAUAAGUCAGGAGAAACUUUAUUAGCAAAAAGAUCUCAGACCAGUGACACAUUUGCAUCAGGAGGAGAUUGUUCUGAGGAGAAUGUCAAACAACCUGCAGGUCAGUCAGAUGAAGAGGCGCUGUCUGUCCUGAACAAGUCAGAUGAAAUAGAUCCAGAUGUAACAGGAAAAGCUGUGACACCAAACAAAACAAUAGCCGUACCAGGAGACAUUGUCACACAAGAAAAUAUGGGAAGAAUAGAAAGAUGCCCCAGACCAGAUAAGUCAGGAGAACCUUUAUUAGCAGAAAGAUCUCAGACCAGUGACACAUUUGCAUCAGGAGGAGAUUGUACUGAGAAGAAUAUCAAACAACCUACAGGUCCUAAAGCACCAGAAGUAGAAGAUAUAGAAAUCCACAUGCUGGGAAGUUCAGAAGCUGAGUAUCAGUGUAAAUGCUCCAAGUAUUUCCCAGAUGAUCUGCGAGUCACAUGGUAUCAAAAAGAAAAAGGAGGCGGCUAUGUUCCUGUGGACAAAGCAAAAUGCAAUAUUCCAGUUCUCCCACAAGUAAAGCAGCCUGAUGGCACUUAUACCUGUACUGCAAGAUUAAUCACUUCCUCACAGAACUCAGAGAGCGGACUUAAAUUUAUGUGCAGUGUGGAACAUUCUACUCUGAAAAUGUCAAUUAUAAGAAGGGAAAGAUAAGUUUAAAUGAUGCAUGAGUACAUAACACCUGAUUCUCAAUAUGACAAUCACACACUGUAAAACAUACUGGUCACAUUUUAAAUGAAAGUUGGCAGCCAAGAAUGUAUUACAUAAUAUACAUGGUGCAAAUUAA